UCAGAUCGUAAUCAAAAAACAAAAAUGGCUCAGAUCUCCGACGACUACGUCUCCGAGAACAGGUCCGGCGGCGGCGGCGGCGGCGGCGGCGGCAUUUCGGAUGUCUACGGUGAGGAUCUCGCUACAUUGGAUCAGCUCGUCACCCCUUGGGUUACCUCCGUCGCCAGUGGGUAUACAUUGAUGCGUGACCCGAGAUACAACAAGGGACUUGCAUUCACUGAUAAAGAGAGAGACGCUCAUUACUUAACUGGUCUUCUUCCUCCUGUCAUCUUAUCUCAAGAUGUUCAGGAGAAGAAGAUGAUGCAUAACCUCCGUCAGUACCCUGUUCCUCUCCACCGUUACGUCGCCCUCAUGGAUCUUCAGGAGAGGAACGAGAGGUUGUUUUACAAGCUUCUGAUUGACAAUGUGGAGGAGUUGCUUCCGGUUGUGUACACCCCCACGGUGGGUGAGGCUUGUCAGAAGUAUGGGAGCAUUUACAGGAGGCCUCAAGGUCUUUACAUCAGUUUGAAAGAGAAGGGAAAGAUUCUUGAAGUGUUGAAGAACUGGCCACAGAGAGGGAUUCAGGUUAUUGUUGUCACUGAUGGUGAGCGUAUACUCGGUCUUGGAGAUCUUGGUUGCCAGGGAAUGGGAAUCCCCGUGGGCAAGCUUUCUCUUUACACAGCGUUGGGAGGGAUCCGUCCAUCGGCUUGCCUUCCAAUCACAAUUGAUGUGGGUACAAACAACGAGAAGCUCCUGAACGAUGAGUUUUACAUUGGACUUAAACAGAACAGGGCAACUGGCGAGGAAUACGCAGAGUUUCUGCACGAGUUCAUGUGUGCUGUUAAACAGAACUAUGGAGAAAAAGUGUUGGUGCAGUUUGAAGAUUUCGCAAACCACCACGCGUUUGAGCUUCUCUCCAAGUAUUGCUCCAGUCAUCUCGUUUUCAAUGAUGAUAUCCAAGGUACUGCAUCCGUUGUUCUUGCUGGGCUUAUUGCGGCUCAGAAAGUGCUUGGUAAAAGCCUAGCUGACCAUACCUUCUUGUUCUUGGGUGCCGGAGAGGCUGGAACCGGAAUCGCUGAGCUAAUUGCUCUUAAGAUUUCCAAAGAGACUGGAACACCAAUCGACGAGACUAGGAAGAAGAUUUGGCUUGUGGACUCCAAGGGACUGAUUGUUAGCUCACGCAUGGAAUCUCUUCAGCAUUUCAAGAAGCCAUGGGCACAUGACCACGAGCCUGUCAAGGAGCUCUUGGGAGCUGUUAAUGCAAUCAAGCCAACCGUGCUCAUUGGAACCUCUGGUGUGGGGAAGACUUUCACAAAGGAAGUAGUGGAGGCUAUGGCCACCUUCAACGAGACACCCUUGAUUCUUGCUCUCUCAAACCCAACUUCUCAAGCCGAAUGCACGGCUGAACAAGCUUACACAUGGACCGAGGGCCGUGCAAUCUUUGCAAGUGGAAGCCCGUUUGCCCCUGUUGAGUAUGAAGGCAAAACAUUCUUCCCUGGCCAGGCAAACAACUGCUACAUUUUCCCAGGUCUCGGUCUUGGUUUGAUCAUGUCCGGUGCCAUUCGUGUCCGUGAUGACAUGCUUCUAGCAGCUUCGGAAGCUCUGGCCUCGCAAGUGACUGAGGAGAACUUUGCGGACGGGUUGAUCUAUCCGCCUUUUACAAACAUCAGAAAGAUCUCUGCUAACAUUGCAGCCAGUGUGGGAGCCAAAACUUAUGAACUUGGACUGGCAUCGAACCUGCCUCGUCCUAAGGACCUGGUCAAGAUGGCAGAGAGCUGCAUGUACAGCCCUGUCUACAGAAACUUCCGUUAAAGAUUCUUUUCCACCAUCCAUUUUGUCUCCCCCCUCCCCAGCUUUUCUUCUUUUCUUUUUACUUUUUGCUUCUUCGGUUUUGCUGGUACACUGGACACAAACUUUUUUUUACUGUUUGAUCGUUUUUUAAAAUAUAAUUUCAACUUGAAGUACUGAAAUAUAAUACUUUUUCUCUUU